AUGGUGAAGGUAAAACAUAGGUAAGUUAUAUCUUUGUUUCCCGUUUAUUGAAUAAAAUUUAAUUUAGUUUGAUUUUUAGUUAAAAACCGUAUUUCAGGUAUUUGCUGGCUGAAGUCAUCUACCAAGAUCCGUUGACAAAGAACCUAGCUACAGAUGUGGACAUUCACCGUGCCAUCCUUCACAGUGUGGGCAUGCUUCAUGGUGAUCUUGGCCAUGCUUCGACACAAUCUUCUCUCCAGGUCAAAGUGUGCGACUUCAUCUUCUCAGUAGUGGUGUUACGAGUCGCUGCUGAUGCCUUGGGUUACGUAGCUUCAGCAAUUCCAUUUGUCGUGAACGUUGGGAACAGUGACGCCAUUCUGAGAGUGUUAUUCCAAGGUGAGUCACGCAUUAGCAUAAUCAGGGAAUGAGACAAUCACAAUAAAAAGGUUGUUUUAUUGAUCGUCUCGAGCUUUGGCUCUACUUUUUAAGAGCUAGAAACAGCUUUUGGCGGUAAUUCAAGGUUUUAAAUUUGUUUUUGAAUAAUAAAAGAUUUUUUAUCAAAUCAUUAUUAAAAAACGUCAUAGAGCAUGAUAUUUAAAUGUUUGAUUUGAAAAAUUAUUAUUAUUUCCUUAACUAUAAAAGUACUAGUCAAUGAGAAAGAGGUAUUAGCUGUAGCUAAAUUGAUAAUUUAUAUUGUUUUAAAGGUAGCUCGAUGCGGACCGUGGAGAAGAAGCUGAUUCAAUUCAAUCUGAAGUUAUUUUACGCCAAACUGAGAAGGAGACCUGACAGUGGUAAGGAUUACUAAAAGCGAAUCGUGGAGAUUCUCUCGAUCUCCGUAUUUACUUUCUCUGUAAAACCAUUUUCCCACACCUUUACUCUUAUGUCAUGAAUGUUAUAAGGGGUUUGGGAUAGAAAUCGUACUAUUUCUCUCGUUUCUAACACAGCUUUCACUUUUUAACGUUUAAGAGCUUUAAAUUUACGUCAGUACAAAAGUUUUUUAAAUAAUUUUUCUAUUAAUAAGAUAAAACGUUUUGUCUAAUUUAAAAAAAUCAUAGGUCCAACAAUUUUGAACAGAUCUUAAUAAGAAAUGAUUUUCGUAAAAUUAUAAUAUGCAUGUUGUUACAAAACAUGUUUUUGUGAUUUUCGUAACGAAACUUCCAUUUUAGCCGAGUCAUCAGCCCUAAGGACAGCGAUCGCCCGAGUGACCGGCUCCAACGUCUCCCACAUAAAACUCUAA